AUGUUAAGAGAAUUUCUUAAGAAAUCCUUAAAAAGUAUGAUAACAGAAAGUUUUAAUGAAUUAUUUGACUCGUUAACAAUAGAAGAUCUUAUUUAUAAUUUUUCUUAUUUUACUAACAUAACAUUAACAUACGUUAAUCUUUAUAUUUACACUGAUGAAUUAGAAUUUAUUAGUUUCUUCUAUCAUCUUAAGAGAAUUAUUUAUCCAACAGCUUUUGUAUUUUCUUGUUUGGUUACCAUUCAGUUCUGGUCUUUAUUUUUUAUAAAUCCUUAUUUAGUGAAGAAAAAUUUUAACGGUAAUAUUACAUUAUACAUAAUAUUUGAUGAAUUUGGAGUGCAUUUAUUCCCACCUAUUUAUUUACAUCUAGAAAGAACUGAUUUUAAAUUAAAAUGGUCUUUAAGAGAUAUAAGGAUGAUUUUUACCUUCUUUGUUUUUUAUUUCAUAAUUUUAGAAUUUCUUUAUGUUUAUAAGAAUUACGUUGUUUAUAAUUUCUUUAAAGAAAUUUCAUUUCUUUCUAAACUCAUUUGGUUAAUAAUGGUUCAAUUAACAGCUUAUUCUGUUUAUUAUAUAAAUAUUAGACUGGAUGAUGUUUUUUCUUAA